UAGCAGGAAAGGCGUUCAUGCUGAUCACCAGCUCUGCUCGAUGAUGUGAUUUUUUUCUUUUCAUGUGUCACUUUUUAGUCAUUUGUGACAUUUUGUGCAUUUUAUCAAUAACAAUCUUUCUAAUUAGUUACUCGUCAGAGAUGAUGGAUUUUAGUCCUCCAGAGUACAAAGAUUAAGGCUGCAGCUUGAUGACGGGAUGAAACCACGGACCGACCUCUGAUUGGUGAAUCAUCCUGGCUGUUGGCCAAUCAGAUGCCUCUCUCUGAGAGGGAAAUCCCAGGAUCACAAUAAGAUGCAUCCUCUUCAAAGUUUUCUCUUUUUUGAUGGAUUUGAUCGGUGCAACAUCUGUUUACUUUGACUUCAUGAUAUGAGACUUUUAUUUUUGGUGAAUUUACAAACAUACCUUUUUCCAACCUUAAAUUCUGUUCCUAGGACCGUCUCUACUCAUCUGAGAUGCUGAGAUCUCACUAAACUUGUUGAACAUCAACAUGGACCAGCUGCAAAUCCUACUAACGUGUGUGUUUUUGUCAGUCAGGAUCCAGCCAGCAUGGUCCCAAACACACGAAGUGUGUUCAGGUACUCAGAAUGGUCUAAGCUCAACCGGCUCCCAGGAGAAUCAGUACAACCUGAUCAGGGAUCGGUAUGAUGGCUGUGAGAUCAUCAUGGGAAACCUGGAGAUAACUCAAAUUGAGAGUAAUUGGGACUUCUCUUUUCUCAAGACAAUCAGGGAGGUGACAGGCUACGUCCUCAUUGCAAUGAAUCACUUUCGGGAGAUUCCCCUGGGGCAACUACGGGUCAUCAGAGGAAACAGCCUAUACGAGAGACGCUUUGCACUCUCAGUUUUCUUCAACUACCCCAAAGAUGGCUCCAAUGGCCUGCGACAGCUGGGACUCUCCAAUCUGACAGAGAUUCUGGAGGGGGGAGUACAGAUUAUUAAUAACCUGUACCUGAGUUACGGUCCAUGGAUCUUCUGGCAAGACAUUGUACGAGACAACAGUGCUCCUAUUGACAUCCAGCACAACGGGAAGAGAGGCCCGUGUCAUAAAUCUUGUGGAGAUUAUUGCUGGGGUCCAAACAAGGACAAUUGUCAGAUCUUGACUAAGAUGGUGUGCGCUCCGCAGUGUAAUGGACGCUGCUUUGGGACGAGCCCCAGGGACUGCUGUCACAUUGAGUGUGCAGCAGGAUGCAAAGGCCCUCUGGAUGUGGACUGUUUUGCAUGCCGUCACUUCAAUGACUCAGGAGCAUGUGUGCCCCAGUGCCCCAAAACACUCAUGUACAACAAACAGACAUUUCAAAUGGAGACCAACCCCAAUGCAAAGUACCAGUAUGGAUCAAUCUGUGUUUCUCAGUGCCCCACUUCUUUUUUUGUCCCUAUAGCUCAUUUUGUGGUGGACGGCAGUUCCUGCGUGAGUGCUUGUCCUCUGGACAAGAUGGAGGUAGAGAAAGAAGGACAGAGGCAGUGUGAGCUCUGCAGUGGAUUCUGUCCUAAAGUGUGUGAAGGCACUGGUGCAGAACACAGACAGACUGUGGACUCCAGCAACAUCGACAGCUUCAUCAACUGCACAAAGAUCCAGGGCAGCCUUCACUUCCUGGUCACAGGGAUUCUUGGAGAUGACUAUAAUAACAUCUCAUCACUUGAUGCCAAAAAGUUAGAGGUGUUCAAGACUGUGAGGGAAAUAACAGAUAUUCUAAACAUCCAGUCGUGGCCUGAAGAGCUAAAUGACCUGUCGGUUUUUUCAAGCCUGACAACCAUUCAAGGGAGGUCUCUCUACAAGCGAUUCUCUCUGAUGGUGAUGCACAUCCCCUCUCUUACCUCACUUGGCCUGCGAUCUCUCCGGGAAAUCAACGACGGCAGCGUUUACAUCAGUCAGAAUGACAACCUCUGUUACCACCACACUGUAAACUGGACGCAGCUGUUCAGAGGUCGCAGAGUUCGAGUGAACAACCUCAACAACAACAAGCCACUUGCAGAGUGUGUUGCAGAAGGACACGUGUGUGACCCGCUUUGCUCAGAUUCAGGUUGCUGGGGGCCAGGGCCUGACCAGUGCCUGUCCUGCAGGAACUACAGCCGAGAUGGCUCAUGUGUGGGCAGCUGCAAAUUUUUGUCUGGCGCUCCAAGGGAGUUUGCAAGGUCUGAUGGAGAAUGUGUGGCUUGUCAUCCAGAAUGUAAACUUCAGGGAGGGAAAGUCAGCUGCACAGGACCGGGGGCAGAUGAAUGCAUGGCUUGCACCAACUUUCAAGAUGGUCCUUACUGCAUGUCCUCAUGUCCCAGUGGAGUCAAUGAUGGACAAAAAGGCCUGAUAUUCAAAUUUCCCAACAAGGAGGGUCGCUGUGAGCCAUGUCACUACAACUGCACACAGGGAUGCCUUGGCCCAAGAGUAAAAGACUGUUUGGAGACAGCAAGACUAACAGUCAGCAGCGGUCAGAUCACAGGUAUUGCUCUAGGGGUCCCAGCUGGCCUGAUCUUCUGUCUGGUGCUGUUUUUCCUGGGAGUGCUGUACCAUCGAGGCCUAGCCAUCCGCCGAAAGAGAGCCAUGAGAAGAUACCUGGAGAGUGGUGAUAGCUUUGAGCCUCUGGGUCCUGGAGAGAAAGGCACCAAGGUUUAUGCUCGCAUUCUGAGGCCCUCAGAGCUGAAGAAGAUCAAACUCCUUGGUUUUGGUGUUUUUGGUACAGUGCACAAGGGCUUUUGGACUCCGGAGGGCGAGACGGUGAAGAUCCCUGUGGCCAUUAAGACCAUCCAUGACAACUCAGGCAGACAGACCUUCACCGAAAUCACAGAACACAUGCUGUCCAUGGGCAGCCUGGACCACCCCUACAUUGUUAGAUUACUGGGAAUCUGUCCUGGUGCCAGCUUGCAGCUGGUGACGCAGCUCAGUUCUUAUGGAUCUUUGCUGGAGCACAUCAGACAGCACAGGAAUAACCUGGACCCUCAGCGCCUGCUCAACUGGUGCGUGCAGAUAGCCAAGGGUAUGUUCUAUUUGGAGGAACAUUGCAUAGUCCACAGGAAUUUGGCUGCCCGUAACAUUCUGCUGAAGAAUGACUAUCAGGUCCAGAUCUCAGACUACGGUGUGGCAGAUCUUCUUUGUCCAGAUGAUAAAAAAUAUGUCUACACAGACACAAAGACUCCCAUUAAAUGGAUGGCACUAGAAAGCAUCUUGUUUAGAAGAUAUACACACCAAAGUGAUGUUUGGAGCUAUGGAGUGACAGUGUGGGAGAUGAUGUCAUUUGGGGCAGAGCCGUACACGUCUGUGCAGUCAGUGCAAAAAGUGCCGAGUCUCCUGGAGAAGGGCGAACGUCUACCACAGCCCUACAUCUGCACCAUUGAUGUUUACAUGGUCAUGGUUAAAUGCUGGAUGAUUGAUGAAAAUAUAAGGCCGACCUUUAAAGAGCUUGCCAGUGACUUUACUCGGAUGGCAAGAGAUCCACUUAGAUACCUUGUUAUAAAGCAGGAGGGAGAAGACGCUACGCCUGGGGAAGUUCAUCGCAGAGAGUCCGAACGAGGACUCCUGGAUGCAGAUUUGGAGGACACAGAUGAGGUGGGGCUGGACGAUGGUUUGGCCACUCCUCCUCUCCAGCACUCUCCAUCUUGGAGUUUGUCACGUUCCCGGAUCAAUUCAUACAGGAGUGGCACGUCUCAAGCAGGGCCAGCUGGAUACUUGGCUAUGACUCCAAGUCCUGCAGACAGCAUCCGACUGCAGUGGUUUCGCAGGUCUCGUUUGAGCUCAGUGCACACACUACCUGAGCGGUCAGAGGUCUGGGGCUAUGGCAGGGAGCCUGAUCUGCGAGAGGAAGCCUUGCAAAAUGGAAGUUUCCAUCGGGCGAGGCUUGGCUCCGACCAGAGUACCCGCCGAGUGGCCAUCAACCGACACAGGAAGCUUUCAACAGCCUCCAGUCCUUCCUCAUACAAGGUGUGGACGGCUGAGGAAGAGGAGUUGGACCACUACGGCUAUGUUCUGCCUGGGUCACCUGGAGCAUCAGAAAGAGCAUCCAGACCAUCUCGAUCUGGCAAAAAGAACUCAAGACAUAAAAAUAAUUCUGUUCCUAAAAUGGCAAAUUCUUCCCAGGAAUAUGAAUUCAUGAGUACAGAGGCUAGUGUUCCUCCCUGUUCCACCAGCAGCAUCUCAUUGCGGGGAGACAACAUGACAGCUGGACUUACACCUUUACCUUCUCCCACUUUCAUGGAUUUUUCACAUGUAGAAACACCACGAGCAGAAACUCCAGUCAGAAAUAAUCAAAAACCAGAGGCUUUGGAAGAAGUUGCAGAAGAACAAAGAGACUUGACAAAGAAACAAGAGCUUGACUCUACUAGAGAAAUGAAACUAGGGGAUGACCAAGUAGAGGCAGGCCAAGGGAUUGGCAGGUAUGAGUACAUGGACAUAAGGCGCUCUGAGUCUUCAGAGGGAAGUGACCCAGAUCUGCACAAAAACAGGAGUCAAACACCUACAGUAGACCACGCAGAGGACACAGACCAAAUUAUGGGAGUGUUAAGAAAAGUGCAAAUGGGGGAAGAAGUUGAAAAUUGCUAUAAUACUAAUAAACAAACCACUCUUCAGGGACAUCUAAGCAGUCCUGUCACACCUGAACCAGAUGUGCUGACAGCUGGAGGAAGAAAUGUGGAAGAGUACGAGGAAAUGACUGGAUUUGGAGAAGUUCCAGAUAGGUGGGGUCACUCACAAUAUGAGAACCUCCCAGUGAAGGAGAGGGUUGUUGCCGAGGGGAUGGGCGGUGCCAGGUGCGCGGGGAUCGGGGACUACAUCAAGGUGUGUGCUGGCAUAGGGGACCCUGGCAGCAACACAUCAUUUGACAACCCAGACUACUGGCACAGCAGGCUGCUCCUCAAGCCAGAUGCUUUGCACACCUAAUAAGUUGGACAGGGACCCGGGAACGGCAACUGAUUCAAGUUUCUGUUAAAUCUGUGUAGUUUUAUUGUUUUUGUUUGUUUUCAGCUUUUUAUACGUUUCUCCCAAAACUGAAAAAUUUAGCCUAUAUAUUGUAUGAAUUAUUUUUUUCUGUUAUAAAUUGCCUGAUUUUUACUUUAACUUGCCUGAUUUUUACUUUAAUUAAUAACUUAUGCAAUCACUACAUAAAAUAAAGGUAGUUGCAAGC